GAAUUUAAUUUUUAUCAAAAGGGAGAGUAAAAAUAAUCUUCAAGGUGCACCCAAACAACAUGCCUGCAUUUGCCUGCAUUAAAAAAAAAAUUAUUUAUCAAACUUUGAAGGCAGUGGAAGGCAGCUAGCAUGUAAUAUUAUUCCUUGCAAGUUGUGGUGCCUUGCAGGAGUUCCAGAUCAAUAAAUAAUUUUUAUUAUUAUUUAUUAAAUAAUAAACAGACCGGAAAUUAUCAAGACCAUGUAUGAAAUAUAAGAAGCAUUGAAAUCAGUCAGCCAGUACGAAGGGAAGGACAUAUUGAUUAAAAAAUAAAAAUAAACAUACACAAAAAUUGUUGUGGUGUUGUUGAUCCAGUUGAUAACGGAAUAGCCAGUGUCAUCUGGCAUUUUUUAAAACAACUAAAGCAGGUUGCACUUCUCUCUCUCUCUCUAGUCUUCUUGUCUCCAUGAUUGCCUGUUUAUGUUUUGAGGUUAUAGUUCACAAUUGAAUAACAAAUUAACAACAACUACCACGUGUAUCUAAUUGUAAAAUUAAAAUUACAUUUAAGUUAUUAAUUUAAAUAAAUAAAUUAAAAAUGUCUGAAGAGAUAAUUAUAAAUGACGAUGAAAAAGAUAAAAAAGUUGUUGGUUUUCAUGAACUUGGAUUGGAUGAUAGAAUUUUAAAGGCAAUUGCAAAAUGUGGCUGGUUAGAACCAACACCAAUUCAAGAACAAACAAUAUCACCACUUCUUGAAGGUAAAGAUGUGCUAAUAAGAGCACGUACUGGAUCUGGUAAAACAGGUGCAUUUGUAAUUCCACUUAUACAAAAAAUAUUAACAAAUAAACCAUUACAAACACAACAAGAAAUAAAAGCACUUGUAUUAGCACCAAGUAAAGAACUUUGUAAACAAAUAUAUGAAGUAUUUAUUGAACUGACAAUUAAAUGUUGUCGUGAAGUUAAAAUUGUUGAUGUUAGUCCACAAGAAGAAUUGAGCAAACAAAAACCAUUAUUAGCUGAAAAACCAGAUAUUAUUGUUGGUACACCAGGUCGUGUACUUCAACAUUUAAAAGCAAAUAAUUUGAAAUUAAAAAAAACACUUGAUACACUUGUUAUUGAUGAAGCAGAUUUGAUGUUUUCAUUUGGAUAUGAAGAAGAAGUUAAAGCUGUUAUUGAAUAUUUACCACAAGUUUAUCAAGCUGCAUUAGCAUCAGCAACGUUAUCUGAAGAUGUUUUGACAUUACAAAAAAUGGUACUACAUGAUCCAGCAAUAUUAAAACUUGAUGAAGAACCACUUGCUCCACCAUCACAAUUAUCACAUUACACAUUAUCAGCUGAAGAAAAUGAUAAAGCUGCUAUUUUAUAUGCAUUAUUAAAAUUACAUUUAAUCAGAGGUAAAAGUAUUAUAUUUGUUAAUACUGUUGAUCGUUGCUAUAAAUUAAAAUUAUUUUUGGAACAAUUUGGAGUUCCAACAUGUGUAUUAAAUUCAGAAUUACCAGCAUCAUCAAGAUCAAGAGCUGUAACACAAUUUAAUACUGGUACAUAUGAUGUUAUAAUUGCAUCUGAUGAACAAGCUUUAGAAGAGCCACAUAAAAUUAAACAAAAAAGUAAACGUAAAAAGGACAAAGAAUCUGGUGUUGCACGUGGUAUUGAUUUUCAAUUUGUAUCAAAUGUUAUUAACUUUGAUUUUCCACUUGAUGUUAAUUCAUAUGUUCAUCGUGCUGGACGUACAGCAAGAGGUAAAAAUCAAGGAACAGCAUUGAGUUUUAUUGCAAUUAGAGAAAGACCAUUAAUGGAAAAAGUUGAAGAAGAGCUAAAAAAAUGUUAUGGACGUUCAAAUUUAUUUAAAACAUAUCAAUUUAAACUUGAAGAGGUUGAAGGAUUUAGAUAUCGUGCUAAAGAUGCUUGGAGAGCAACAACAAGAAUUGCUGUACGUGAAGCAAGAUUAAAAGAAAUAAAACAAGAAGUAUUGACAUGUGAUAAAUUAAAAAGUUACUUUGAGGAUAAUCCACGUGAUUUACAAUCAUUGAGACAAGAUAAAGCACUUCAUACUGUUAAAUUACAAGCUCAUUUAAAAGACGUACCAGAAUAUAUUGUUCCAGCAUCAUUAAAACGUCUCAUUGGUUUUGGUAAACGUAAACGUAAAUUUAACAGAGAAUUAAGUGGUGCAACAUCUGCUAAAUCAAAACAUCAAGCUAGACAGUCAAAUCCAUUGAUAAGUCUUAGUAUAAAAAAGAAAAAAAAGUAAUUUAUUCUUUAAAUUAAUCAUGUAAUGUCAUUAUUAUCGCAUGAAAUAAAAAUAACACAUUGAAUUAUUAUGAAAUUAUUAUUUUAUUUCUUCUAUUAAUUAUAAAAAAGCAUUUUUAGCAUUUUAUUAUUUUAUUUCUAACAUUGACACGUUGCUACACGUUGUUGUGUGGCUGCUACGUUUGUUCAUUUUCAGCGAUUAAUUUAUUUGGGUUAGAGAUAUGCUAGUGAAGCAUCAUUUAUUCAGUUGGGAUUUGUAAAAAAAAUACUGCAAGUUAAUUCACCUAGAGUUUUUUAUUUCAUUUUCUUUUUUUUUUAUUUGUAUCAUAACAAUCAUCAACAUGACGUUUGUAAAUUAUCUAAAAUCAAUUUGCAUUAUUGAUUAUAGAAAUUAUUUUUAAUAAAUUAUGCCACAUGGAAAUAAUGCA